UUUAGAAAUGGAGGAUACGGUGUUAUCGUCGAGUACAACCAGUCCGGUUGAUGCUAUGUUUGAAAAAUUCAGGGAAUUAGUCGAGAAAGAUCGUAUCUUGAGAGAUAAUAUAGCGGAUGUAGCACAUGGAAUGGAGUAUUGGGUGUCGAAAAUCCUUGCUAUCUUGCAGAAAGCACAUGCAUUCAAGGAUAGACAAGAUACAGAUCUGAAGGAAGUGCAAAAUAUUCUAGAUAAUGAAGUGCAAAACUCUUUGAUAAAGCUUGCUACUCUGAUAUCUCCCGUAUCAUAUUAUCGCUAUUACGAUAAUUUCCGUUUUAUUAUUCAGAAAUUAUGCUUCGUUUUGACUUAUGCUCAUUUUCUUGAACAUGGAUUUUUGUUGAGUCGCGACAAAGUUGCUGAAAUCUUAAACAUCAAAGUUGAUCCAGCAACUGGUUUUCAUCUGGACGUCGAGGACUAUUUAUUUGGUUUACUUCAACUUGCUAAUGAAUUGUCACGAUUUUCCAUUAAUGCCGUUGUUGUUGGUAAUAGCGUAUUACCCUUUAAGAUUGCCGAUUUCCUUUAUGAUCUCGAUGCAAAAUUUCGACUGUUAAAUUUAAAAAAUGAUGGACUACGUCGAAGAUACGAUGCGCUAAAAUACGAUGUUCAGAGAGUUGAACAAGUUGUCUAUGAUCUUACAAUUCGAGGUCUAAAGCGACCAGUAGAUGAGAAAUCAGUUGCUGCUUAAAUUUGGAGUGUUUGUAUACAUUUGCCAUGAGUUUGGAUUAUUUUGACAUUUCGAAAGCUUUUAUGAGUUUGUUCAUUUUUAUUACAUUUUUUUCUCAGUAUUAUUUACGAAUAUUUCGUUGAGAUUACUGGCACUUUCGAUAGGAUAUAAAAGAGCUAAUGCAGUCCAGCUAUAAUUAUCCCAAGUGUCCCUCUUCCGACCCGUCUCUCUGGCUUUGUGAUUGCUUUCAUUCAUUCGAUUUUCUUGUUCACACUUCACAACUUCAAUUUUACAUCCUAUUUGGAACUUUUGUCCUCAUAUCGUCUUAUUUUAAAGGGGAUGUGUCAUUCAGAUAACCUAUUUUAUUAAUUCAUCUGGAAGAUAGGGAUAAAAUGAUGAAAUUAAUCAAAAACGGAUCAGUAAAAAAUAC